AUGGCAGCUUUCAGGACUUCAUCUUCCGUAUUCUUCCAAACACCUGCUCGCGUUUCUUGUCAGCCAUUUAGAAUGUCGGACCCGAGGGAUAUACUUGCCUCCUGCAAUUUUUGGUCACUAGAGUUAGCAAUUCGUCUAGAUUCCACACAAGUCAAAAAUGGAGCGUUUAGAGCCUUCCAACGAGCUCUGGAAGAUGGCGCGGUGUCGACGAGGUCCAAGUUGGUGGGCAAGGCGAAACCACUUGAACUGACCCCUUGCUUGCCUCUAUCGUCGGAGUCCGACAAACCGGGUGGCUCUCAGUCGCCUAUUGAUAUCUCACCGGUCGCAUCCACUACGAAUGUUUCAACGGCCCAAGUACUACUAGAGCGCUCUGAUAUCGACAAAUCGUUGAAAUCUUUGGAGAAUCUGGUCUCCUUACUGUAUGAUUAUGCCCAACUAUGGCAGAACCUUGUGACUAUGGACAAGAAAUUGGCAAGAAGCCUGAAGCGAAGUACUACUGGAGUUGAUGGUCUGGAGUGGCCAGCACAAGUUUUCAUGAAUUCUUCUUCCAUUUUUGAUGCUGUGAGCGAGGUCGAUUCCAAAUAUUCUAAACUCGUUGAGCGGGAAUAUGAGAAUUGCACUCAAGAACUGAAGAAAUGGCUCAAGAAACUGAAGAAAGAGGAUAAAGCCCUGGACGAGUACACCGCUGCAGCGAAUGCCAAGAUCAAGGCAGCAGGUAUGGCUUACGAGAAGAAGUCGAAGAAGGGAAUAACUUCUAGCCCUUCGGUGCCAUCCCUCGAUUCCUAUUCCACCCUUCUAUCCAGUCUCACCAGUGCCGUCAACAAUGCCAAACACCAGCACAUGCUAUUCACAUCCUCUAAACAUGUUUCUGUCCUUUACACCACUUCUGGGAGUAUAGGAAGAAUAGCUGAUGCACAAUGGAUGAAGACCUGCGAGCUCUUGAGAAAAGCCGCCAUAAACGUAGGGCCAUUAGGAGAGGGAAGAAGCUAUGUGGAGUCUGGGUGGAGAGGGGGGCCUGUAGUUGAUCUGCCAUUGAAUUUACCGGUGAACGCGGCGACUGGCAGCACCAAUGGUUUAGAAGCACAACAAAUCACCACCAACGAGAAUGCUCCUAACCCUUUGAUCAACUCUCCACCUAUUCCAACACUCGGAAGACCGAUUAUGCCCACCGGAUCAAAUCAAGCAUCGUCGUCGGCGGCACCUACAUUGAGAUCAGCGCCCUCUUUAUCCACAAAUUACUUGGACGAAGUGACACAGGAGUUGAGGACUUCUUUAGCGUUACCCGAACCUUCGAAGACGGAAAACAAGGGGACGAUUCAGCGUCAGAAGAAUUCAGAUACCAAAGGGAAUGACAUGAAACAACCCGAGGAGCCCCUGAAUCUUCGCACAGAAACGAAACCAGAAACCAGCACGAAGGAGAUCAAGCCAACUCAAAUGGAUGAGACAUCCUCCCCAACUGUACCUUCAUCGAAACAUACUACGCACAGUACUACCACCACCGAUACCAACAUCACCAAUAGUAGCAGGACCACUCAAUCGACCAACACGUCCGCUAAAGAUACAGCGACUAUAUCGUCCUAUGCUUCAAAGGCAUCAAUUGAGGAGAAAACAACGCAGACACCCCUUCCUCCUCCUCCUGAAGAGGCUGCAGUAUUCGAACCUCGCCAUACUCUCGCUAGAACGCCAUUAAAUACAGAGCCUAAUGGCAAAGGAGAGAAACCCCACACUCCCAAAGAUUCCAUCGUUACUCCCAUCCCUGCGCCUGAUAGACAAACCCCUGCCAGUACUAAAGAUUCAGAAGUAGUCACAAACUACUUCCCUCUUGUCAAUAAAGAUAAAAUUGACAAGAAUGAGCCUCAAGGAUCAACCUCCGGUCCCAAACAACCUAUUAGAUCUAAUUCGUCCUAUCCACAGGGAGCUGUCCCCCAAUCACCCCCUCAGCUUCCGCAUGCCCCAAUGUCUUUUGCUGGUAGACCUGUCGGGAGGACAUUGAGCAUAGAUUCAACCACGAGUAAUGGUAGUCAUGUUGCCGCUAUGCGUGAUCGAUAUAAUACAGGCUCUCCACCUUUGCCUAACCCUCACGUUUCCAUGCGCCCCGGAGAAAUAUAUAUUCCACGGGAUCGCGAAGUUGGGCGGGUAUCGGACAUGGCCAGUCGUUUCACGCCUAUUGACGGUCCUCCUCGAGUUCCUACAAGUCAACCCAGGGAGAACAGAAACUCUCGCCCUUCUUAUGCCCCUCAGUCUCCAUCUGCACGAUGGGCAGCUGAUGCACCAUCACCCUUAGGUGAUACCUUACCAAUCAGAACGCCUAUAUCUCGCGACUCUAUUGACGAAUUUGGGACAAGCUUUUCUUCAAUGCCGGUCAAGGCUAGAGACACAAUGCCGAACCCUGACAGGCGUCAUCAGCCAAUGUCUGGUGCCCAAUCUCAAACAAUGGGACCUGCUGGCGCUCUUUCAACCCCCUAUAAUUUACAAAUAACUGAGCUCGAGCUGCGACAGCGAGAAAUGGAGUUGGAGAUACAACGCCAACGAUUACAAUUAGCCAAGGAUCGUGAGGCGCUAUUCAAUCAAGAAAGAGCCUAUCAAGAGGAUACAGACCACAGUGAUUAUGCUAAUGGACGAGAAGUACGAGGGCAUGCCAGAUACAGCAGAAAUAUUGAUGCUAAUCGUGGUGGUUAUGGUGAUUUCUAUGAGAGAACAGGCCCUAGGGACGGAUAUGACACACCUAAUAGGGAUCCCUAUGGUGUCACAAAUCAAUACGGAUACGAGCGAGAGAGGGGUCGAUAUGAACCAAAUUUAGGGUCAUCUCAGAUGCCCGUUGAGGCGGUUGGGCCGAGCUCUUAUCGGAAUCGAGCUUACACGGCAGAUUCAAGGCCAUCAGACUCCCCUCAACGAUCGCACGUGGAUUUGUCGUCGGGCUUAGGAGUACUUGGGCUUGGCUUGCCUCCAGGAGCGGGUCCCUCGGCACGCCUUGGAACUCCUUCCAGGGAAAGCUUACCCUUGGCGGGCCCGUCUACACAAAACCUUGGUCCUCCUUCGAUUCCAACCGCUGAGGGAUCCUCAGCGACGAAAGGUCCAUCUCCCAGGAGAUCAGCAGACGCCAUAUCUCCCGGUCCUGGAACAUCCAGUGCCAAAGGUAAGGAGAAGGAGAAGGGCGGAACUUGGAUAGGAAGAGGGUUGAAGAGGUUUAGCAUGCCACUAGAUGCUAAACCAAACUCCUGA